CGCAAGUCCCGGGUCUGAGGGAGGAGGGGCUGCGGGCCUGGGCUCCUGAGUUUGAGGGAGGAGGAGCUGGGGGCCUGGGCUCCUGGGUCUGAGGGAGGAGGAGCUGGGGGCCUGGGCUCCUGGGUCUGAGGGAGGACGCGGCUGGAGGCUGGGACUCCCGGGACCGAGGCGGCCGGGCUGAGCGAGCCAGGCCUGGCUUCCAAGGUCCCGGCACGCGUGUGCAAGGCAGGAUCCCCCGGCCCCUCCUCCGCCGUCGGGCGCCGCCCCGCCCCCGCCCCCGACCCGGGCCUGCUGAGCGAGAGCGGAGAGGAGCCGGCGGGCCAGCGGGCGUCCCUGCAGCCAGCGAGCAGGAGGAGGAGCUGCUGCCGGGCCGAGGGCAGCCGGGGGAGCCGAGGAGGGCGCCCCAGGUGGUUGCCCCCUCCCUCUCCUGAGAUGUCAGGAAGGAGGGGGCCACCGGUGUCCUCCACAGGGGCCCCCCGAAGACUGGGGGCUCCCAGCCCCAGAGCUUGGAGGUGGAGGAGGUGUUGACAGGUCUGGUCACCACUGGCUGUUUCGCAGUCUUCUACACAGCACCCUUUCCCAGAACCACAGGCUUCCCGAACGAUGCAGAGAAACGGCAAUAUCCAUGCCCCUACCCGGCUCUGACCCAGAGCCAGGUGCUCCGAGAAAUGCUCCCUCUGCCCUCAUGCUCCCUCCCCAUCCUCUUCCUCUUCCUCCUCCCCAGUGUGCCAAUGGAGUCCCAACCCCCACCCUCGACAUUGCCCCCUUUUCUGGCCCCUGAGUGGGACCUUCUGUCUCCCCGAGUGGUCCUGUCUAGGGGUGCCCCUGCCGGGCCCCCUCUGCUCUUGCUGCUGGAGGCUGGGGCCUUUGGGGAGUCAGCAGGCACCCCGGCCAACCGCAGCCGGCGUGGGGUGAGCGAAACUGCACCAGCGAGUCGUCGGGGAGAGCUGGCCGUGUGCGACGCAGUCAGCGGCUGGGUGACAGACCGUCGGACCGCUGUGGACCUGCGUGGGCGUGAGGUGGAGGUGUUGGGCGAGGUGCCUGCAGCUGGCGGCAGUCCCCUCCGCCAGUACUUCUUUGAAACCCGCUGCAAGGCUGAUAACACUGAGGAAGGUGGCCCGGGGGUGGGUGGAGGGGGCUGCCGAGGUGUGGAUCGGAGGCACUGGGUGUCUGAGUGCAAGGCCAAGCAGUCCUAUGUGCGGGCAUUGACUGCUGAUGCCCAGGGCCGUGUGGGCUGGCGAUGGAUUCGAAUUGACACUGCCUGCGUCUGCACUCUACUCAGCCGGACUGGCCGGGCCUGAGGCCCAUGCCCAGGAACUGGCCAGGCAGGAAAAGAUCAGAGUUGGAUGUUGAGACACCUCAGGGGUGGCCCGGCUGCUCCAAGGACUCCAGUUUGGGAACUCAUCGAAUGAUCACAAAAUCAUGAGUCUCUGAUUUUCAGCUCAAACUGUGCAGGAUGGGUGAAACCACAUGGGGUUUUGAAGGAUGAAUAGGAGUUCUCCCACAGAUGAUGAUGGUGAUAAUAAUAACAGCCAAUAUUUA